AUGAUUCGACUACUGCCCAUAGUUCUGGCAUUUUCUCUCCUUGCCAGGCUAUCGAUCGCCCAGCAGUAUCCGCUACCCGUGACCUAUAACACCACUAUCAAAUCGCCCGUCGAUCCCCGCAUCACCAUCUCCUACAAGCAACCUGAUGCCAACACAUGCGCCACAGCUUUCGAUCAGAAGCAGUACACUGGAUAUGUCACUCUUCCUCCCUUCACGCUCGAGUCCUCUCAGCAAAACUACAAUAUCAACACGUUCUUCUGGUUCUUCGAGGCUCGCGAAACCCCGGAGACAGCGCCACUGACGAUCUGGUUGAAUGGAGGACCUGGCCAGUCAAGCAUGAAUGGCCUCUUUGAUGAGGUGGGACCAUGCGAAAUCAUACAAGAAGAAGACGGCAGCUAUGGCACGCGGCCGAGGGUCUGGGGCUGGGACCGCAGUUCCAACAUACUCUUCAUCGACCAGCCCACUCAAGUCGGCUUUUCCUACGAUGAACGCGUCAAUGCAUCAGUAGACUUUAGCGAAUACGACCCUGAGGGAUUAGCAAAUCGCAAGCGACCUUCGCCUCUUCCAAAUGGCGUACCGGAGUGGCGUUUCAAGAACGGUACCUUCUCUUCUGGUUUUAUAAGCAACACUGAACCCUCGACCAAGAUUGCUGCGAAGGCGUCCUGGCACUUUCUUCAGGGAUUCCUGUCCGUUUUCCCACAGUACAACCCGGGAACCCGUCCCGACAGCAAUGUCGAUGAGCCUUGUGACGUCAAUUUGUUCGCCGAGAGCUAUGGUGGUACCUAUGCGCCAAUCUUUGCCGACUUUUUCGAAGAGCAGAACGAUCGAAGGAAAAAUGGUUCAAUUCCUGCCAACACAUUGGACAUCCGACUCGGGUCCGUCGGCAUUGUGAAUGGUUUACUGGAUGCUCUGGUUGCGGCUGUCACUGCCCUGGAAUUUGCCUACGACAAUACAUAUGACAUCAAUGGAAUCGAUCUUACAACAUUCCAGAAUUCAAUAUCGGCUGUAAACGAAAACAUGGGCUGCAGAGAUCUCCUAGAGCAGUGUGGUAAAGUAGCAGCUCUUCAAGAUCCUGACGGUCUUGGCAACGACAAUAGUACCAAUUCAGUUUGCAGCAGCGCGUCUCUCAUGUGCAACCUAGCCGCUAGUUCUACGGCUGCAAAUGGAAGGAGCUUGUAUGACUAUCGGGUGAAAUCCCAGGUCCAGCCGAGCAAUGCAUUCGAAGAAUAUCUAAACGAUGCCGACGUCUUGUACUCGAUCGGUGCUCCUAUCAAUUUCACUUCCACGAGUAGCGCCGUGGCUGAUUCCUUCAACGGGAGAUUGUUGGCUCGGGGCAUCAAGGUGGCCCUCAUCUACGGUGACGCAGACGUCAUAUGCAACUGGUAUGGUGGACAGAACUAUUCUCUCGAGCUUGCUAGCCUCGUUCCGGGAUACAGGACUGCCUUUUCCCAGGCAGGAUACGCAGAGAUUGUAGUGAAUGACUCGUACAUUGGUGGAGCUGUGCGUCAAUACGGCAACCUCUCUUUCUCCCGCAUAUACGACUCAGGGCAUCAAGUACCUUUCUACCAGCCAGAGACCGCUUUCACGGUGUUCAGUCGCAUCAUUCAGGGCGACGACCUUAGUACGGGCCGCGACGUCGACUUGACUACAUUCAGCACCAAAGGGCCUAGCACGUCUGAUCACAAAAAUACUGUGCCGCCCGAGCCUGAAUCAGUCUGUUGGCUCCGCAAAUCCGAGACUUGCACAGACAAAGAGAGUACUGCCAUCGCCAAGGGAGAAGGUACAGUGGUGAACGGGAUAUGGAUUCCUGUGGGCGAUGAGACAGCAACGAGAAACGGAAGGCAGACCUCGCCAACGAGCCCAAAGUCGCAACCUACGCCGACAUCCUCGGUACCUCUGACUGGUGUCUUCACUGCGACGAGCAUCCCGAGCAUCAAGAAGACGUCAGCAGCCUCAUCACUCGGGACAGACCCUCCAUUUUGCAUUCCGCACCUGACCGGAUUGCACGGUCGAGGCCUGCGCGAGGUCGACAAGGUGAAGCUCUUUUGGAUUGCAUUCAUUCCGUCUGUUGUUGUAGCGUUGUAA